AACAAAAAGACCCCAUCAUAAAAGUUUUGCACUUUCUUCUUUUUAUUUCGUACUUCUGGAAAGACAUUUUACCCCGUUGUCUCCGGCGCUCCGGCCACUGAUUGGGCCUCAGGCGACCGUUUCGUUCGCGGUUUAAGCGAUCUUGUUACUGUUUUCUUGGAGUCAUAGAUGUUGCAUGCUUGAACUGUGAUUCAGAGCUUUUUUAGAUGGCCUCUGCACAUAAGCAAAUUGUAGAAAACAUAGCUGGUGUUUCCAGCAUUCUUGGGCUUGAAAAAUGUGAAAGCUACUUGCUAUUUCCUGGUGAAACUACCCUUGGGGAUGGUUUUCGGGCCUUAUUAUAUUUUCUAGGUCUGGCUUACUGUUUCAUUGGAUUGUCAGCUAUAACUGCUCGAUUCUUCCGCUCUAUGGAAAAUGUUGUGAAGCAAACACGGAAAGUGGUAGAGAUAGAUCCUUCCACUAAUGCUGAAAUUGUUAGAUAUGAAAAGGUGUGGAAUUACACGAUUGCAGACAUUACCCUUCUGGCCUUUGGGACUAGCUUUCCUCAAAUAUCAUUAGCCACUAUUGAUGCCCUACGAAACAUUGGUGAACCGUAUGCUGGAGGUUUGGGUCCUGCAACACUUGUUGGUUCUGCUGCAUUCGACCUUUUCCCCAUCCAUGCUGUUUGUGUUGUAGUUCCAAAAGCUGGAGAGUUGAAAAAGAUAUCUGAUAUAGGAGUUUGGCUAGUGGAGCUCUUUUGGUCUUUUUGGGCUUAUAUAUGGUUGUACAUAAUAUUAGAGGUAUGGACUCCAAAUGUGGUUACCCUGUGGGAGGCCUUAUUGACGGUACUGCAAUUUGGAUUGCUGCUGACUCAUGCUUAUGCUCAAGACAAGCGUUGGCCCUACUUGUCUCUUCCUCUGGAAAGAACUGAGAGGCCAGAGGACUGGGUGCCGUUGGAAGCCACAUCACGCAAGUAUGAGGGCAACGCCUAUAAUGAGUACUCUGAGACAAAUUUUGGUGAAGAUGAAAUCAGGGACAUUGUUGAUAUUUUCUCCAUUCAUUCAACAAAUGAAACGGGUCAAGCGUAUCAAAAAGUGCCUGGAACUUAUGAUGUUGCUGAAUGCUCCAACAAUAAUGUCCAGAACAAGAGCAAUUUAGAAGAUUCUCAUGUGCUCAAACUUUGGAAACAGCAAUUUGUGGAUUCACUCACGUUGGAAAGCACAGAAUCAAGAAAACUGAACAAUGUCUAUCUGCGACUAGCAAGAGUUUCCUGGCAGUUGCUUCUUGUACCAUGGAGACUUCUGUUUGCUUUUGUGCCUCCUUAUCAGAUUGUCCAUGGUUGGAUUGCCUUCAUCUGCUCUCUCCUUUUCAUCAGUGGGAUAGCUUACAUUGUAACUAAACUGACAGAUCUUAUAAGUUGUGUCACAGGAAUAAAUGCAUAUGUCAUAGCAUUUACAGCAUUAGCAAGUGGAACUUCGUGGCCAGAUUUAGUGGCAAGUAAGAUUGCUGCCGAACGUCAGACAACAGCGGACUCUGCCAUUGCAAACAUCACUUGCAGCAAUUCGGUGAAUAUAUAUGUUGGCAUCGGCAUUCCGUGGCUGAUUGAUACGGCUUACAAUUUCAUUGCAUAUAGAGAACCGCUGCAGAUCAAGAAUGCAGAGGGACUAAGCUUCUCUUUGCUUGUUUUCUUCUGUACUUCUGUAGGAUGCAUUGGUGUGCUGGUAUUUAGGCGUCAAACAUUGGGAGCAGAACUGGGAGGGCCAAGGCAUUGGGCCUGGAUUACUUGCGUUUACUUCAUGUUGCUUUGGAUUAUUUUCGUUGUGCUGUCUUCCCUCAAAGUUUCAGGCAUCAUAUGAAAAGAUAUCAUCAAUGUUUCUUUUCUGUCUGGUCCCUUUUCUUAUUUCUGGGACAAAACUUGAAAACUGCCACAAUAUGCGCAGCUUUCUGUGCUGGUUUCACCCUCUACAUUAAGUGUUACCACAAGAUCAGAAUCCUAUUGCUGGAUGGCGGGCAUUGAUAAUUUUGAUCAAGCCGGGACAAAUGGAAGUCCACCAUUGCCAUUCUUAGAAGAAUUGUCUGAGAAGAUAUAUGUUUCUUUUGAUUCAUCAAAAAAAGAUAUAUGUUUCUUUUGAUUCAUCAAAAAAAAAUAUGAUUCUGUAAUUAAGAUAUGUGACAAGACAUAAAUAUAUGACAAGAUGGUCGAAAGGUUUGUAGAGUAAAA